AUAGGAUUCAAGAUUUCCCUCUACCCAAUGCCCCAAAUUCUUCGGAAUAAGAGUAAUAACAUGGGCAGUUCCUUUAUUUUCUUCCUAUGUAGUGUUCUAUCUUCUUUCCUCCUAUAUGUCAUCAUGGCGCAACCACUUUCGACCGAUUCCCGAUGGGUCGUAAAUGAAUCCAACCAGCGCGUGAAGUUGGCGUGCGUAAAUUGGGUAUCGCAUCUCGACGUGGUGGUGGCUGAAGGGCUAAGCAAGCAGCCAGUGGAUGUGAUUUCAAAAGGGAUUUUGGAUAUGGGAUUCAACUGUGUUAGGCUAACUUGGCCACUUUUUUUGUUCACUAAUGACACUUUGGCCUCAAUCACUGUAAGACAGUCUUUCAAGAACCUCGGAUUGGUCGAAUCCAUCGCAGGUCUACAGUCAAAUAAUCCCUCCAUUGUUGAUCUUUCCCUUAUCAAUGCUUACCAGGUAAACCCACUUUUCCUUCUCUUCUACCUCAAUCAUUAUGCAUUCAUAGUUGACUAAAAACUUUAUAUAUUU